GAUGAUAUUAAAACGAUGUCUUCCUCACAUAGCCAUCAGCAACUCAAAACCUAACUACCUAAAGAUGGAUACAGGGAAAAUUAUCUUAGUCUUCUUCUUCACUACCCUUUGCGUCUAUCUCCUAUGGACACUCGUAAAAUUCGUUUACUUAGUAUGGUUAAUGCCACUUCAAACACAAAAUAAAAUGAGCUCUCAGGGCAUUAAAGGUCCUUCUUAUAGCUUUCCUCAUGGAAAUACCAAAGAUAUAUCCCUAAUGAGAAGCCAAACUAUGGAUAAACCUAUGGUGGAUAUUUCUCAUGACAUUUUUCCAAGAAUUCAACCUCAUGUUUACACAUGGACAAGGAUGUAUGGGAGGAAUUUCAUCACUUGGCAUGGCUCAAAACCAUACUUAUUUGUGACUGAACCAGAGCUGAUCAAAGAAAUAUUGUCCAACAAAGAAGACACUUAUCCGAAAAUGGACAUGGAAGGCUAUGCGAAAAAACUACUAGGGGAAUCACUUGUAACAAAUGAAGGAGAAAAAUGGGGAAAAGUAAGAAAACUGGCCAACCACACUUUCCAUGCAGAAAGCCUGAAAAAAUUAUGUACAGCGUAUGGUGCCAGAAAUGAGUGAAAGUGUUCAAAAGAUGCUAGAAAGAUGAGAAAACACGAAGGAAAAGAGUUCGAUAUGCUUAAGGAUUUUAGACUGUUAACAACUGAAGUAAUUUCUAGGACAGCAUUUGGAAGCAGCUACAUGGAAGGCAAACAUAUUUUCGAGAUGGUGGCAAAAUUGACUGCAAUUACUGUAAAAAAUGUUUACACUGUCAGAUUUCCUGGAAUCAGUAUGCUAAUAAGAACAGAUGAUGAAAUUGAAGCAGAGAAACUUGAAAGAGGGAUCAAGAGCUCCAUUCUUGAGCUUAUAAGGAAAAGAGAAAAGAGCAAAGAUGGAAUGUUUGAAAAUUUUGGGACUGAUUACCUGGGGCAACUUCUGAAGCUUUUGCACGAACCAGAUACGAACAAGAGUAUCACGUUAGAUCAAAUGAUCGACGAGAUCAAAGCAUUGUAUGGUGCUGGUCAUCUUACAACGACAAGCUUACUUGGCUGGUCUGUUUUUCUCUUAGCACUUCACCCCGAAUGGCAAGAAAAAGCCAGAAAGGAAGUGGUUGCAUUCUGUGGCCUCGAAAAAACAACUUCUGAUGCAAUUGCAAGACUAAAAACAGUAAGCAACACCCUCAUCAAAAACCUAUGUUGCUCAGACUCUUCAAAACAUGUCGAUGAGUGCAUGUUGGAUACUCCAAAAGUAGAGCAUUUUUGGAGAAUCUGACAGAGGUACAGCAAUAUAUAUUUGGAGAGUCCGAGCAACAUAGUCUAAAAGUUUUAAAUUGUCAGAGAGAUUAUCACACUUUACUUAUAUAGUGUGUACACAAACCUUACCCCUACCUUGUGAAGGUCGAGAGAUUGUUUAUGAUAUAGUGUAUCAAAAUCUAAAUACGUUUUGCGUGAUUGGGAUUAUAAUUCUGAGCAUUCACAUAGAUCAAAGUAUCUAAAACGAAACUACGUUUAGUAGAGUGAUUGAUUAAUUUUAAGAAAUUAUGACUGUUAAAAACCAUGCUAAAAAGGUUAUUAAGUU